GGAUUCACUCACAGCCUACCCACACACAAGCCGGUGAGUUCACAGUGGGGAGAGGCCAUUCACCUGCUCUGUGUGAGGGAGGGGAUUCACUCACAGCCUACCCACAGACACGCCAGUGAGUUCACAGUGGGGAGAGGCCGUUCACCUGCUCUGUGUGAGGGAGGGGAACUACUCAGUCAUCCAGCCUGAAGAUACAUCAGCAAGUUCACACCACAGUGAGAUGCUCCACCUGUUCUGACAGCGGGAAGCAAUACAUUCUGUCAUCGAUGCUGAAGAUAUAUCCUAAAGUUCACCAGUGAGAGGACAUUGACCUGCUCGGAUGGUGGGAAGACAUUCACACGCUCAACCAGACCACAGUGACACCAAUGAGUUCACACCGGGGAGAAGCCAUUCACUUGCUCUGAAUCGGGGAAGAUAUUCACUCAUUCGUCCACACUACAUAGACACCAGCGAGUUCACACUGGGGAGAGCCCAUUCACCUGCUCAGACUGUGGGAAGAGAUUCACUCAGUCGAUUCACCUGCUGCAACGUCAGUUAGUUCACACUAGGGAGAUGCCAUUCACAUGCUCAGACUGUGGGAAAGGAUUCACCCAGUCAUCUCAACUGAAGGAGCAUCAGCGAGUCCACACUGGGGAGAAGCCAUUCACUUGCUCUGAAUGUGGGAAAGGAUUUGCUCGGUCAUCUGAACUGAAGGUACAUCAGCGAGUUCACACUGGGGAGAGGCCAUUCACCUGCUCAGACUGUGGGAAGGGAUUCACUCACUCGUCCAACCUGCACAGACACCAGCGAGUUCACACUGGGGAGAAGCCAUUUAUCUGCUCUGAAUGUGGGAAGGUAUUUGCUCAGUCAUCUGAACUGAAGUCCCAUCAGCGAGUCCACACUGGGGAGAAGCCAUUCAUUUGCUCAGAAUGUGGGAAAGGAUUCGCUCGGUCAUCUGUACUGAAGGUACAUCAGCGAGUUCACACUCGGGAGAUGCCAUUCACCUGCUCAGACUGUGGGAAGGGAUUCACUCACUCGUCCAACCUACAGAGACAUCAGCGAGUUCACACUGGGGAGAAGCCAUUCACAUGCUCUGAAUGUGGGAAAGGAUUCACUCAGUCAUCUGAACUGAAGUCACAUCAGCGAGUUCAUACGGGAGAGAAGCCAUUCACCUGCUCUGACUGUGGGAAAGGAUUUGCUCGGUCAUUUGAACUGAAGUUACAUCAGCGAGUUCACACUAGUGAGAGGCCGUUCACCUGCUCUGACUGUGGGAAGGGAUUCACUCACUCGUCCAAUCUACACAGACACCAGCGAGUCCACACUGGAGAGAAGCCAUUCAUAUGCUCUGAAUGUGGGAAACGAUUUGCCCAGACAGCUCAACUGAAGUUACAUCAGCGAGUCCACACUGGGGAGAGGCCGUUCACUUGCUCUGAAUGUGGGAAGGCAUUUGCUCAGUCAUCUGAACUGAAGGUACAUCAGCGAGUUCACACUGGUGAGAGGCCGUUCAGCUGCUCAGAAUGUGGGAAAGGAUUCAUUCGUUCAUCUCAACUCCUGAGACACCAGCAAAUUCACACUGGGGAGAAACCAUUCAUCUGCUCAGAAUGUGGGAAGGGAUUCACCGAUUCAGUUCAUCUGAAAGAACAUCAGUUUGUUCACACUGUGGAGAGGCCGUUCACCUGCUCAGACUGUGGGAAAGGAUUCACUCGGCGUUUUAGUCUAUUAACGCACCAGUUAGAUCACAGUGAGGAGAAACCAUUCAUAUGCUCUGAAUGUGGGAAAGGAUUCACACAGUCAUCUCAACUGAAGGAGCAUCAGCGAGUCCACACUGGGGAGAAGCCGUUCAUCUGCUCUGAAUGUGGGAAGGGAUUUUCUCAGUCAUCUCAACUGAAGUUACAUCAGCGAGUCCACACUGGGGAGAGGCCAUUCAACUGCUCUGAAUGUGGGAAAGGAUUCAGUCGUUCUUCUCAACUCCUGAGACACCAGCGAAUUCACACUGGGGAGAAACCAUUCAUCUGCCCAGAGUGUGGGAAGGGAUUCACCGAUUCAGCUCAGCUGAAAGAACAUCAGUUUGUUCACACUGGGGAGAGGCCAUUCACCUGCUCAGACUGUGGGAAAAGAUUCAGUCGUUCAUCUCAGCUCUCGAGGCAUCAGCAAAUUCACACUGGGGAGAAACCAUUCUGAGGAAAUGCGGAUAUAUAAAAAAUUAUUUUGAACCUAAGUAACCUCUAGAUAAAAGAAUAAUUGGGACUGAACAGGAAUUUUUGAACUAAAGUAAGCUCUGUCUUCAGCAGUUAAGAAAGUCAAUGGCUUAUACUGGUUUCCUUUUAAUUGUCAGAGGGACAUUGAGAAUUUGAUAAUAUAUAUUGUACUCGUGUUUGAGUCAGGACUCAUCGAUAAGGUCAGCAAUGAACAUCUGUCUGGAAUGAAGUCAGGACCUUGCAAAGGGAAUAGCUGAUAAGGACUGGACUGUAUAUCCAUCUAUAUUCAAGCCUUGAGUUAGUGCACUCUGUUAUCUAAGACAUUAAGUUUUGCACCAACAGACUUGGUGGGCAUACCAGUUCUAAUAGCAGCUUGCAACAGUGAUGUAUGGGACUUACUAUGUAUGAAUAUACUGCUGUAACCUGACUGAGAGAGUCCACUUGUCAGAUGGUUGGCAGCACUGACAUGCCUUCCCUUUGAUAACUGGGUCUCAGACUCUUGCAAAAGAAUGCAAUAAACUGUGGUGCCGAGAGGAAACUGGUCUCCCGAGUUUAACAUUGGGCGUCACGAACAGGAUCCCAAUACAGAGAGUGCGAAGCAGACAGACUGAGUAAGCGGCCGGACCACUCCGGGGACUGCGGAGACCGACCGGGCGCCAAACCGGUAUUUCACCUUUUGUCGCUCUCCGUCAGUUCCUUUGGAGGCACGGUUCUUCGCUGAGGGCUGCUUGCAUAUCUUGACAGGAUCGGGAAAGUAUCUGUCGGAAGACUUGUAUAAGGUAGGCAAAUUUUAUUAAUUAAGCAGGUACCGGGUUAAUUUUACUAACUGGGAAGGCGACAGACAUGCUGGGUAAAUUUAUCAAUUCAGCACGUGGUGCCUGCUGGGUAAAUUUAUCUGAUUGUUAAUUGAGCAGGAGGCUUUGUGCCGGGUAAAUUACUUAGAGAGCAUGGAGUCGAGUGAUACGAAUGGGCCGAGUGCAGCCCUACACAAUGUGUGUGAGAGUUUUCCAGACAAGGAAAAAGAUUUGUGAAUUUUGACUGCAGCGCUGAAUAAACCGAUUGGCGAAAAGAAUGUGGCCACUGGGCGGGAGCCGGCGAUAUCACCUCUUGAGAACAAGCAGUAACUUUGAUCUGGAAGAUGAACUGUGGGAAGAAGUGGAAAUUGUUGAAAAGGCAAUGGAAGGAUAAGGCAGAUGCAAAGUUGAACAGUACAUGAUGAGCAAGUUGGAGGGAUAAUGCGUGUGACAAAGGGAGAGAGGUACGUACUGCAGAAGGUUGGGAGACGCUAAAGGUGGAGUGU